AUGGAGGUAGCGGGCGCAGAGGUGGCCAGAGGCGGCAGAGGAGGCAACUGUAUUAGAUGUCUUAGAAGUUUGGUGGUUAGGGUUCCGCUGUUCCUCUCCCACCCCGGGGCAGAUGCAUGUCAGUCCCGUGACCGGUGGCUUGGCCCUGCGGCGAUCGGAGCGAGGAAGCGCAUGCCAAUUGAUGUCUCGCAUUUCUGCAUCUGCACGACAACAGCGAGGUCCAGUGCUGGUGCCCGCAUGAGUUGUUCCUUUCUUUUUGGGCGCUCGAGGCAACGCGAAACAUGCACUCACUCCGUCCACGACUCCCAGCAACCCUCCAUUAACGUGUUUAAAUACCUCCUCCACUUCACUCCACCGCUCCUCUCUCCCAUGUCGUCGCCGUCACCCAUCCCGCCGCCAAAUGGCCGGCGGGGCUCGCGGGCCUCCAGCACGGCAGGCCUUGCAGCCCCAAGCAGCAACAGCAACAGCCUGAACGUCGCCUCAGAGCCGUCAGACUUGCUCGUGGUCGGUGGUCCUCCUAGUAGCCCUUCACCGUUGGCUCUCAGAGCAUCCAACUCACCCUCGUCGAAGCAUCGAAAGACCCGCGUCGCCAAAAUAUCCCCCGACGUCCACCUGCUCGAGUACGUCUCCCCCUGCGACAGCAACCUCGUCUGCCUCAUCUGUCACUCGCCCUUCGACAAGCCCGUUCGCCUCGCCUGCGACCAUUACUUCUGCGCCGACUGCCUGCAGCAUGCCUGGAACGCCCAGCACGAUGGCCACAGGACUUGUCCGACGUGUCGGAGUGGGGUCGACCCCGCCAACGACCCGUUGCCUGUGCCGCGGAUAUUGGAGACGAUGCUGGACGAGCUCGUCGUCAAGUGUCCGAAUACCAAGUCAGGAUGUAAUUGGGUGGAUCAGCGUGCCAAUGUCCACGACCACGUCCUGCUCUACUGCGAGUACACGCUCGUCGAGUGCCCGUCCCACGAUUGUCGUCUGCCCAUCUCCCAGAAGGACUUCCACAAGGGCUGUCUGCAUUACACUGUCAGCUGCGAGCACUGUCAUACCUCGUUGAUGAGGAAGGACCUAGAGGUAUGUGCCAUUGUUUCAAAGACGACUUGCCCCAAUCGGGCCACCUCAUGUCCCCACUGCUGCGAGGAACUACUUCGAGUUGACCUCAGGGCCCACGUUAAGGAUGUCUGUGCAAAGGCCAUCGUUCCAUGUCCUGGCACAAUCGUUGGCUGUACCUUCACCGCCGAGCGGAUCGAGGUCGUGGGGCACGGGCAGAGUUGCCCGAUGGCGACAAUGGCACCUCAUUUCCGAGACCAGCAAGCUCGAAUCGAGAGGAACGAAGCUAGGUUGGAGCCCCUGGCCCGGAAAGUAGGAAUCCUCGAAGACGGUCUCUCAAACAUCACAAAUAUGCUCUAUCCGGCCAACGCCAAUGACUCGUCCUUCCCUGUCACCAACCCCCUGGACCCCAACAACUCCGAUUCCUUCCCACCUGCACCUCUGGUGCCGACGCCAGACUUCCGCCUCCCGCCAGCUUCAUUUCCACCCGUCCCACCAUCCGCCACUGACCAAUCCCAAACCACCUUCAACAACCCCACUCAGCCUCCCUUCGACUCCCAAGUCCACCACCUCCUGACGUUACACGAUUCUCUCCGAGACGAGGUCUCCCGGAUCGCCAACGCACUCACCGACCUAGAAGGCCGCACCAACAUGAUGAUCAUCAACGAAAACCAACGGGUCAAAGACGAAAUGCUGCAUACCAAUGCCGCUAUCAAUGGCAUGCGCAUGCAGUUACACUGGCUGAUGAGUGCGACGCUGCAACAGCGCACGGCGAAUUCUGCCGGUAGUUCAACGGCUGGAAGAGCGGCUAGUGGUGGAAGUGCCAGCGCGAGUGGAAGCUCCGGCACGCAAGGGACCGGCACCAGGUCAGCCCCUGGUGCUACGCUGCAAGCGCCGAUGAGGAGACUAAGCGAUUCUAUUAGGCAAGUAACCAAGUUACUCUCGACUACUGUGGGUGUCUCAAGGCUUUGUACGACUAACGAAUAUGAAUUGACGAAAAGUGGGGUUUUUUGGGGUUCUGGCGUUUGUAAAGAAGGAAGUGAAUGGCACAGGCGGGUUUUUUGUUCAAGCGGAGUUUCACGAAAAGCGGUUCUGGCUGUGGGUGUUACGGCAAUACCCCCUUCUACUACCAUGAGUAUGGGAGCGUGCAAAAGUAUUUUCGUAGGAGGAAGAGGUGAAAAGUGUUUUAGACGAAGUAAAAGAUAUCCAAAUAGUUUAUCGAAAGUCGAGAGAGCUUCAAGUGUGAUGGUGGACUUUGGGAAGACUUUCUUCUGUUCUGGGAGCGGAAAGAUUCGUGAGGUUCAUUUAUAUCCUACUCCCACCUAUCCAUCCAUCUGCGCCCCCCUCGGCACGGAAACCCGCCUAUCUUAG